AUGCGCAGGUGUGCUGCUUGUAAAGUCAGUACAGUUUAUAUCGACCCGCGGACGGGGGAAACUGGCGAGUUUUGCUCUAAUAAGUGUCGCAAGGCUGCUGUUUAUCAAGGCAUAGUAGAGGCCUGUAAGCAUUGUAAUAAAUAUCCUCGCCUACUCGGGCAAAACGGACAACGGCUUGCGUAUUGUGGUGGGAAAUGUAAAAAUGAAGCAGGGGCCAAAACUUUAUCUGCAACAAGCAGGCAUCAAGAUCAAAAGUAUUCGAUGCCUAACCAUCAGAAGUCUCUUCCCGAACAACCAGUGCCGAAUCGAAUGUUUAUACCAGCAGUAACAAUCUCUAAUCAACCAAAUCCAAUGCCAGUUGCCCCAUAUAGGCCAAGCGGAAGUAUGGCCCAAGCAUACUUGGUUCCCAACAAGUUGCCGGAUACUUGUCUAAAUAUAACUCAAACAGCAACUCGGUCAACACGUCGAGUGGCAUUUUCAACAGCAUCCCCAAUGACAAAUCAAACAAAGGAGAAGAAAGCUCGUUUUGAAAUAUCGAUUAUGUCAUCAGCUGGACGGCCGUCUUCCCACACGCUAGCAUCGCGGCUACCCACACUAACUCCAGGAUUACAAAAAGCAGCAAAGCAAAAGUCCCUUUUCUCACCAGUUGCUCUAUCUUCUUCUUUGGUAUUGACAUCCAACAGUAGAGUUAGCGUUCCUGUAUGUCAGAUAUGUCGAAUGACGCCUUGUUGGUUUGAUAUUGAUAGUGGAAGAUAUGCACCGUAUUGUUCGCGAAAAUGUAAAGAGAUAGCGGGAGAUCGAAUUGUUUGA